AUGGAGUCCUCCCGAGGUCCGCCCCGGGUCAAAAACAAGGCCGCAGCACCCAUCCAAAUCAGCGCCGAACAACUCCUCCGCGAAGCCGUCGACCGCCAAGAUGAGAAGCUCAAGGCGCCAACGCAGCGUUUCGCUGACCUGGAAGAGCUGCACGCGUUCCAGGGGCGGAAGCGCAAGGAAUUCGAAGACUAUGUCCGCCGCAACCGCAUAAACAUGAACAACUGGAUGCGCUAUGCCCAGUGGGAGCUCGAGCAAAAGGAGUUCCGCAGAGCACGAAGUAUCUUCGAGAGGGCGCUCGAUGUGGAUAGUACGAGUGUGGCGCUGUGGAUUAGGUACUGUGAGGCGGAGAUGAAGACUAGGAAUAUCAAUCAUGCGAGGAACUUGUUUGAUCGUGCGGUUACGAUUUUGCCGCGCGUGGAUAAAUUGUGGUAUAAGUAUGUGUAUAUGGAAGAGACGCUGGGGAAUAUCGAGGGUGCGAGGACGGUGUUUGAGCGCUGGAUGCAGUGGGAACCUGAAGAGGCGGCGUGGUCGGCGUAUAUCAAGCUUGAGAAAAGACACGGAGAAUUCGAGAAGGCAAGAGCUAUUUACGAGCGGUUCACAGUCGUGCAUCCGGAGCCAAAGAAUUGGAUUAAAUGGGCGAAGUUCGAGGAAGAGAAUGGUACAAGCGAUCUCGUCAGAGAUGUCUUCGGCACCGCGGUUGAGACGCUGGGCGACGAGUUCAUGGACGAGAAGCUCUUCAUGGCGUACGCGAAGUUCGAAGCCAAACUAAAAGAGGUGGAGCGCGCGCGAGCCAUUUACAAAUUCGCCCUCGAUCGCAUGCCCCGGUCAAAAGCCGUAAACCUACACAAAGCAUUUACACAGUUCGAAAAGCAAUACGGCGACCGCGAAGGCAUCGAAGACGUCAUCCUCUCAAAAAGACGAGUCCACUACGAAGAGCAGAUCAAAGAGAACCCCAAGAACUACGAUGCAUGGAUCGACUUCGCGCGCCUGGAAGAAGCAUCCGGCAACACCGACCGCGUGCGCGACGUCUACGAGCGCGCCAUAGCACAAAUCCCGCCUACGCAGGAAAAGCGGCAUUGGCGGCGGUACAUCUACCUCUGGCUCUUCUACGCCAUCUUCGAAGAAACCGUAUCCCGCGACAUCGAACGCACACGCCAAAUCUACACAGAAUGCCUCCGCCUCCUCCCGCACAAGCGCUUUACCUUCGCCAAAGUGUGGCUCAUGGCCGCGCACUUCGAGCUCCGACAGGGCGAACUUGCGAAGGCAAGAAAGCUCCUAGGCCAAGCAAUAGGCAUGUGCCCCAAAGACAAGCUUUUCAAGGGCUACAUCGAGCUCGAGAUGAAGCUCUUCGAAUUCGGCCGCUGCCGCACGCUCUACGAAAAAUACAUCGAAUUCAACGGAUCCAACACGCAAACGUGGAUAAAGUUCGCAGAGCUAGAGCGCGGACUAGACGACCUCGAGCGCGCGCGCGCCAUCUUCGAGCUUGCGGUUGACGAACCCCAGCUCGAUAUGCCGGAGCUGCUCUGGAAAGCGUACAUCGACUUCGAAGAGGGUGAAGGCGCGUACGACCGCACGCGUGCGCUGUACAAGCGUCUCCUCGAACGGACGGACCACGUCAAAGUGUGGACUAGCUGGGCGCAAUUCGAGCUCAGCGUGCCGGAGCCGGACGCCCCUGCAGACGAAGACGCGCCUCCCUCGCCUACCGCUAUUGCCCGCGCGCGCGCCGUCUUCGACGCUGCACACACGCGGCUCAAAGACCGCGACCUCAAAGAAGAGCGCGUCGCGCUGCUCGCGGCGUGGAAGUCGUUCGAAGACGAGGUCGGCGCGCCAGAGGACAGGGAGAAGAUCGCGAAGCAGAUGCCGCGCAAGGUCAAGAAGAGGAGGAAGCUGGACGACGACAGCUUCGAGGAGUACGUCGACUAUGUGUUCCCGUCGGACGACAAGAGUGCGGCGAAUAUGGCACGGCUGCUGGCGAAUGCGGCGCGGUGGAAGAAGGAGAAGGAGGCGCAGGCGCAGAGUGCGGAUGGUGGGGGAGAGUAG